CGCUCCGGUAAACCGCUCGUCGCUCGUCGCAGUCAAAACAAACAGCAGCUAUGUCGGUGUUUUCUGACGUUCCUCAAGCAGCUCCUGUCGCUGUCUUCAAGCUCUCUCAAGACUUCGCUAACGACCAGUUUCCCAAGAAGGUGAACCUCGGAGUUGGAGCCUAUCGGACAGAUGAGGGCCAGCCCUGGGUUUUGCCAGUGGUGAAGAAGGUGGAGAAGAUCAUUGUGCAUGAUGACAGGCUAAACCACGAGUACCUGCCCAUCCUGGGCCUGCCUGAGUUCAGAUCCUCAGCCUCCAAGAUUGCACUGGGAGACAACAGCCCCGCCAUCCAGGACAACAGGGUGGGGGCGGUCCAGUGUCUGGGUGGUACAGGUGCUUUGAAGAUGGGUGCUGAGUUUCUGAGGCGAUUCUACAAUGGAAGCAACAACACCAAAACACCCGUUUAUGUGUCUGCGCCUACCUGGGAGAAUCACAAUGCUGUAUUCACCAACGCUGGCUUCGAGGAUGUCCGUCCAUACAAGUACUGGGAUGCAGAGAAGAGAGGCCUCGACUUGGCUGGUUUCCUUGGUGACUUGGAAAGUUGCCCAGAGCGCUCCAUCUUUGUGCUGCAUGCUUGUGCCCAUAAUCCAACUGGCACAGAUCCCACACAGGAGCAGUGGAAGCAGAUUGCUGAAGUUAUGAUGAGGAGGAAGCUGUUUGUGUUUUUUGACUCGGCCUAUCAGGGAUUCGCCUCAGGUAGUCUGGAAAAAGAUGCCUGGGCCGUCCGCUACUUUGUUUCCAUGGGCUUUGAAAUGUUUUGUGCCCAGUCGUUCUCCAAGAACUUCGGCCUCUACAAUGAGCGCGUGGGCAACCUGACAGUUGUGGCUCGUGAUGCAGACAACCUGAAGAGAAUUCUCUCCCAGAUGGAGAAGAUUGUCAGAACCACCUGGUCCAACCCACCGUCUCAGGGAGCUCGCAUUGUUGCCAUCACUCUUAACUCACCUGAGCUCUUCACUGAAUGGAAGGAGAAUGUGAAGACCAUGGCUGACAGAGUCUUGCUGAUGAGGGCCUCGCUGAAAGCAAAGCUCCAAGCUCUGGGGACACCAGGGACCUGGGACCACAUCACAGACCAGAUUGGCAUGUUCAGCUUUACAGGCCUCAACCCCAAACAAGUAGAAUAUAUGGUGAAGGAGAAGCACAUCUACUUAAUGGCCAGUGGUCGCAUCAACAUGUGUGGCUUGACCACCAAGAACAUCGACUACGUGGCCGAGUCCAUCCACGAGGCUGUCACCAAGGUCCAGUAGAAGACUGCGCUGAACCCACAGCUCUCAGCACAUCCUCCUGCCCAGUUCUGAGCCACCGUUAUCCCAGGGGACUGUGUUUGUGUCCAGAAGGUUUUUCUGGAGCAAAUAUAAAUUCUCAUUUGCACAAGAACACAGACAGUUCCUAGUUUUCCCUCCUCCUUUCAGUGUCUGUGCUGAACCAGGCUAAGCACAUCGUGGACCAAUUUUCCAUCAGAUACAUUAAGAUGGUAUUGAUAUUCAUCUCCUCAUCCAGAAUAUUAAGUAAUUAUGUUCAUAAUUUGUCAUGUUGGUUUUUGUUAGUCACCUCCCUGUAGCGCGUAGUUCACUUUUUGUUGCAUGUCGUGUGUAAUUCGUUUGUGUGUCAUUACCGGGACCUUUGAGAGGGUUAGUAAGUCUGUGACUGUGUUACAGUUACCUCAGCAGCGAUGACUCUACUGUCUCAAAAUGUCAGCUGUUAUGAUUCAUCCAUUCCAAGUGUUAAUAGCAUAUUUUCAAAUGUAUGUAGGCAGCAGCAACAGUUGCUGGUAUGAACACUUAAAAAUGGCACAAUGUCGACUCGACCGCACUGACACAGUUUAGCUUUUAGGAAACAAUCCUACCAAAUGUCUUUAGUAUUUACUGCAUCUACCAUGACAGGAGUAGCACUAUUAAGUCUUAUUUCUGCAGAUUAAUGUGAACAUGAGUCCUCAGGAAGGUAUUUUUAACUUGAACUGUAUAAUUUGUCAGUGAUAAUGUCUACUGCCCAAAGGGGUUAUAAUAAUUACCUCACUUUAAAUGUGUGUCUGUGGAGUCGUUUUCUUCCACUUUACAUUCACGAAUGUCAGUGAGCGCUCCUAACAGAUGUCAUGACUCCAGAGUAAUCUCAGUGUUCUCUGCUGCUAGCUGAAUGUUUUUAAGUUCCUGGUUCUGUCAGGCACCUGCUAGCGAAUGUUGACUGGUGGUAGCGCUAUGCACUGUUAUGUAAGACUCUCGUGGCACAAACCAGCUAAUGAUCAACCGGUUUUACUAUCGGAUUACUAUGCACAGGACGCUAAUAAAACAGUAUUGUUGUUUAGCAAUUUAAUUGAAGCUGAAAUUGUCUUCAGCCAUUUUAAUGGGAUGAAAUCACUCCUCCAAUAAAGAACUUUAAAUAAUA